AACUAUAAUUCAAUUCAAUUCCAUCCCACUUCAUUGGUAGUUGACACCUACCGCCAUUAAAAUACUCCGGCAACGAACCGAUCAGCCGCCGGCUUCAUUCGUAGAUUUUGUUGGUUUCCUUUUGUCUGUCAUCCAUCCCCUUAGCCCUCAUGUCACGUCACUCAGAAGUUUUCUCACCCCUUUAUUUAUACUUUUUCAUAUCUUCUUCAACGUAAUAAGUUGGAAAAUGAACCCACAAGACCAAGUCAACUUCCACUCAUCUUGUAUCUUAUGUUUUCAAUUCUCUCUCAAACUGUCAUACUUUGUAUUUCACGUCUGGAAGAAUCGACAAACACCCACAACUUGGAGUCUUUAAUAAUCUUUCCUGCCGUCUGGGUUCAAUUGUUCAAAUUCCUGUGCCUUUUUAUCUUGCACACCAGGUGUUUGAUGAAUUGCCUCAACGAAAUCACAAGUGUUUUUUCUUGAAAUCUGGUAAGGGUGAUUACUUGAUUGCUUAAAGUUGAUUAAUUAAGCAUGAUCUUGGGAUAUAAAUCCGGGUUUUCGAUCCCGGGUGGGUGUUAAACCGUUACUCUGUUAGUCUUGUUUAUGUACAGUUUACUUGGUGAUAUUUUGUAAAAAGAUUUGUUUUUUUUUUUUUUUUUCAUCUGGGGUUGUUAAGAAAUGGAGGGUAAAGGUGUAUCUGAUGUGUAUGAUGGUUAUGAUGCUGAUGAGGCUAGUAGUAGUGUGACAAAAGAUUGUUUAACUUGUUCGGAGUUAUCGCACUCUACACGGAAAUUAAGUGUAAUUCUAGGUGAAUUUAAGGAGAAUAAGAUCAUGGAGGCGUCUCCGAUUAGAAAAGCUGUUGAAUCUCUUGAAACCGAGUUGCAAAAGGCAAAGGCUUUGGUUGCAAGUCCGCGUUAUGCGUCUUCACCGAACAAACGAAUCGAAGAAAUCACGGAAAAUCUUGGCAGAUCGAUAGGGCUUGUGUUGUUUGCUAGUCAUGAUGUGUCGAUGAACGGUAAAGAAAAACUCGAGGCGUUAAGGAGGGAAAUGAUGAGUGCUGCGCCGUUUAGUGCUGCAAGUUCUGACAGUAAAUCGGAUUUUCUGGAUGAUGUCGUAACAGAAGAAUAUGAUAAUAUCGUUGAGGAGAUAAUUGAAGAGGAAAAGGAUUUUUCGUGUUCUAGCGUUGAAGAUGUUGUUUUGUAUCUCAAGUGUGGAAACGAUGAACAGUUAAAAGUAGCACUUUUUGGUUUGAACACAUUGAUAAGUGACGGUACGACUUCUGGUGAAUGGAUUGAUACUGAAGGUGUUAUCCCAAUUUUGUUCAGUCGGUUGAGUUCUACAAAUUCAGUUAAUCGGUUGAGUAUCAUUAAAAAUCUGAGAAGCAUCGUUGCACAAAACGAUGAAAUCAAGGGCAAGAUGGCAGAGGUUGACUAUUUGUCAGCACUGGUCAAAUCAUUGGCUCGUGAUGAGGAUGAACGGAGGGAAGCGGUAGGCUUGUUAUCAACUCUGUCUGACGUGUCAGCUGUGAGAAGAAGGAUCGGAAGAAUUCAAGGAUGUAUCGUUAUGUUAGUUGCAAUUUUUAACGGUGAAGAUCAAACAGCUUCCGAUGACGCAGGGAAGUUGUUGGCCGCUUUAUCAAGCAAUACCCAAAAUGCACUUCAUAUGGCAGAAGCUGGUUAUUUCAAGCCACUAAUUAAGUACCUAACCGAAGGGUCCGACAUGAGUAAAAUUCUCAUGGCGACAGCGAUUUCAAGAAUGGAACUUCGAGACGAAACGAGAGCUUCCAUCGGAGAAGAUGGUGCAAUUCCUCCAUUGGUUAAAAUGUUCAAAGAAGGAAAACUCGAAGCUAAACUAUCAUCAUUAAGUGCACUACAAAACUUAUCAACUUUAAAAGAAAACACAAAAAGAUUAAUCAAUUCCGGAAUCGUACCCUCACUUCUACAACUCUUGUUCUCCGUGACAUCGGUUCUCAUGACUCUUCGUGAACCAGCUUCCGCCAUAUUAGCACGGAUCGCUAAAUCCGAUGAUAUGCUUGUAAACCACGAUAUUGCUCUUCAAAUGUUCUCGCUUCUCAAUCUUUCAAGUCCCAUUAUUCAAAUUCACCUCUUGGAAGCUUUAAACAGCAUCAUUUCUCAUCCGAGGGCAUCGAAAGUUAGACGAAAAAUGAAAGAAAACGGUUCGAUUCAACUUCUUUUACCCUUUCUUACCGAAUCGAAUCCUGAAAUUAGAAUUGGUGCCUUCAGUUUUAUCUACACUUUGUCUAAAGAGUUAUCCGAUGAACUUAUGGAUCAACUGGGAGAAACUCAUGUUCUUACGAUUGUAAACACGCUCUCAUCUUCAACGUCUGAUAAUGAAAAGGCGAUCGCUGCUGGGAUUCUGUGUAAUAUUCCGGUUACCGACAAGAAAGCUACAGACAUACUCAAAAAGGCGAAUCUAUUACCUGUUCUUGUGUCAAUCAUGAGCUCAAAACAGGCGAAUUCGACGAAUUCAACGACCCCGUUAUCGUCAGAGUUGAUCGAGAAUAUCGCAGGGGUAUUGAUUAGAUUUACGAUCACGACGAAUGUAAAGCUGCAGCUUUAUGCAGGUGAAAAUCGAGUAAUUCCCGUUCUUGUAAAGAUUCUGUCUGACGGGCCAAUAAUUGCGAAAUGUAGAGCUGCAACUUCGCUAGCUCAGCUAUCGAGGAACUGUUUAAACCUCAGAAAGUCAAAAAAGUCAACGUGGCUAUGUGUUCAUCCUUCUAAAGAAGCCUUUUGCGAAGUUCAUAACGGUUACUGUUUUGUGAAAACCACUUUUUGUUUGGUGAAAUCCGGUGCGGUUUCCCCGUUGAUUAAAAUCUUGGAAGGUGAUCAACGGGAAGCUGAUGAAGCGGUUCUCGAGGCUUUAUCGACUCUUUUGCAAGACGAAAUAUGGGAAAACGGGUGUGGGUUUCUUGAAAAAGUGGCGGGAAUUGAAGCGAUUAUAAAAGUGAUGGAGUUCGGGAGUGUAAAGACUCGAGAGAAAGCUGUUUGGAUAUUGGAACGGGUUUUUCGGGUCGAAGAUUAUCGAGUGAAAUAUGGAGCAAUGGCACAGGUUGUGUUGAUUGAUCUUGCACAGAAUGGUGAGGCACAGUUGAAACCAACAGUUGCAAAGUUAUUAGCACAACUUGAACUCUUGCAGUUUCAGUCUGAUUACUUUUGAUUUAAAAUAUUUCUUUUAUAAAAUUUAAAUUACACAGAUUGGAUAUUUGAUUAUUUUUUUCAACUUCUUGUCAUCCCAUAAUCAUUUUUGGUGUCUUGAUUUUCUAUACAAAGUGUGUGUUACUGGAUUGUACUGUACAAAUAUGUGAAAGUUAUAUUGUUUUCAGAGAUUGAUUGAAGAAAAAUAUUGCAUUUUUUGAACAAAAGAAGUUUUAUGUAUUAUUUGGAUGA